CUAUAAACAAAGCUGCUUAAGGACGGUUAGCGUUUGUGUAGUAACGGCUGGCGCGUGCAGCAUGGUAAAUAACAAGCGCGCGCGCUUUACAUGUUAAGCUAGCUGCUGUUUGCGGUGUUUUAACCGUCAUGGAGACGGACACAUUCGACGAAAGCAGGACGGUGGUCGUGUCCGGUGUACCCAAAGUAUUACCCGUCAGCAGGAUGAUUGACAAGCUGACUAUUCACUUCCAAAGGCGCAGAAGAAGUCACGGAGGGGACGUCGACGUGGUUCGAUACCCGACCAACAUGGACGGAGUAGCGUUUGUCACUUUUGACUCACCUGAAGAUGCAGCGAGGGUGGUGCGAAAGGAGGAACAGAUCAUGAUGGACAGCGAGUUUCCUUCAGAAUACCCCCUCACCGUGUUUCCUUUCACCAGAGACGUGUAUUUUUAUGCCUCCAGGGCUGAGGUUGAUCUUUCCAUGUUUGGCAGUGAUCAAGAGUCUCUGAUUCAAAGUCUGCGCUCAACUCACAGGUCACUACGUUUCCUGCCUUUGCCCAAGCAGAGAAAAGCCACCAUUGAGGGACCUUUCUCCGCCGUCCAAGCCCUGAGAAAGGACCUCAUCCACAGGGCCAACCAGCUUAAAUCCACUGACUCAGCCCAAACUGCUCCCACCAGAACACCAGAAACUCCUCUUAAUCCGAGGGUAAUAUCUCAUCGAGAGUCUUUCGACUCUGUAAGCCGUGGAGGUUCUAAAGCUAAGCCAGAGCCAGCAAACAGCUUAUCAACGGGGCUGCAGACCACAGGUGAAGUCCAAAGCCUGCUCUUAAAUGCUAAAACUCAGAAUGAUUCCUCGAGGCAAAAAGUUCAGGAGAGGGGCUCAGCUGAAGGAAGCUUUUUGGACACAAACUACGAUGAAGUAGGAGCGCAGAGUCGGACAAGGGUCAAAAUGUCCGCAGAAUCAAAAAACAAGCAAAUGUUGGAGGAGGGGAACAGUAAAGGGAUUACAUCGUCCUUAUCAGGCUAUGACCUGCCUCAUGCUGCAGAAAUAUCAGCUAAAGAAAAGCAACAAGAAGAUGACAUUUUACACAACCACAACAGACGAGACAGGAGGAAAAAGACCCAAAAAGUGAAUCAUUUGGACUCUCACUUCAAUAACAUCAACAAUCAGGAAGAAUCAGAGCAGAGUGACCUAGCCACUGCUGCUAAGCUCACCCAGAUCACAAAUAAGAAUGUUUCAAACACGUCUGAGGAUCCAGAGGAAACAUGCAUCUGGGUUGAUUCAAACACAUUUAGAUACAUUGAAAAAUUUGACAAAACAAUGCUGGAUGAAUGCCUGAGAGGUCUCGAUGUGUCGGUUGAUUAUGUUAAAGGAUCUGACCUCGUUAAGGUAAUCUUGACUGAAAAGCAAACCUCUGAAGUGACCUCUGGCAUCCAGCAAGCCCUGGAAGACCUUCAGGCUUUGGUGGAGUCUAGGGUGACGACAUUACGAGUUCAUGAGAUCGCCUAUGAGGAGGAGGAGGAGCAGGAGGUGAUUCAGAUCUGCAAGGAUGUGAAUUUCCUAGUUGAUGAAGUUCUAUACAUGUGUGAAGGUUCUAGCGUUAGAGUCAUUGGUCCUUCAGUAGACAGUCACACUUUCUAUAGUAUAGCAAAGAGGAGAAUUUCUCUACUAGAGCACAAACCCAUGGAUAUGUUGUAGCUGGAGCUACAUGGGUGAGUGUAGUUCCACUAAUGACCACAUGAUGGUGCAGUUGUUCUGUGUGUUAAAUCACAUAGUACUGUAUGUGACUACCAAUGCUAUUACAGACACUGUUGUAGUUUUACACUCCUAUCUGUGCUGUUCUUUUUAUUUCAGUAGAACUAGAAACUAAUACAUUUACAAAACCUCUUAGUUUCUAAGGAAAAAAAGAUUCUUUCCACUUACCUUCUUUAUUAAAUUUCCCCUCUCACUGAUUGCUACUCAGUACUGGUGAGUUUAAAAGGCCAACAUCCAAAUAAAACACUGAAAGCUUUUGACAAACUUGAGCCAGUGUCUGCUCCUAUGGCGGAAGGUGAUAGAAAACUGACUGGUAAUCCAAAUGUUCCUGUUUCAAACCUAAUUCAGGCAGGGUUGCUUCAUUUUCAAGUGCAAUGUCCAAAAGAAGGACUGAAAACCUCACAUAGACUUACAUCUGUAACUCUUUUUGUAGCCUAGAGGGAUCCAGGACUACCAGGAAAACUGGAGGGUCUAGACUCUAGGUUUAAAUCUUAACAACACUUUGUCAGUUUUCAAGAUUUGAGUCCAAAGAAAGAAGGAGAAUCUUUGGGAGCUUCUAGACAUGUCUGUUUCUGUGGCCAAGAGGAAGAGAGGUCUGUCUGGGAGUCUGAAGGUUGCAGAUUCAAAUCUUAAUAUGGCUUUGUCAAUUUUUAAGCUUUGACUCCAAAUAAAGAACCCCU